AUGGCCCUGGGGCUCAGUGCUUCUCCACCAGUCGUGGUUCUGCUCCUGUCCCUGCUGGGUCUGGCUGCUGCUGGGAAGCUCCUGGUGGUGCCGGUGGACGGGAGCCACUGGCUCAGCAUGCGGGAAGUGUUGGACAUGCUCCAGCAGAAGGGACACGAGGUGGUCGUGGUGGCACCUGAAGUCUCCUUGCACAUCAAACCAUCAAAAAACUUUGUGAUGAAAAGAUACUCAGUCCCCUAUACACAGGAAGAGAUGGAGAAAGGCUUCAAGGCAUUUCUACAAACGCUAUUUGAAGAAGGAUCUUUUCUGGAAAGAUUUUUUGAAGUGUAUGAAGGUAUGAAAAAACUUGGUAACAUGUCAGUUGCUUUCUGUCAACAUCUCCUGCAAAACAAAGAGCUCAUCAGGUACCUGGAGGAGAGCAAGUUUGAUGCCCUUCUUACAGACCCUGUAGUACCAUGUGGGGUAAUCCUGGCUGAGCAUCUUUCACUGCCAUCUGUGUAUUUCUUACGAGGAAUCCCGUGUGGGUUAGAUUUUGAAGCCACUCAGUGUCCCAAUCCUCCUUCCUAUGUGCCCAGGGCAUUUUCACAACUUACAGACCGCAUGACCUUUCUCCAGCGGGUGAAGAACCUACUCUUUGACACCCAAAACCUUUUCCUCUGUAAUUUUGCCUUUGACCCAUUCUCAAAACUGGCUUCAGAGUUCCUGCAGCGGGAGGUGACUGUACAGGAUCUCUUACGCAAGGGCUCUGUUUGGCUUCUGAGGUUGGAAUUUGUGCUUGACUAUCCAAGACCCUUGAUGCCCAACAUCAUUCCAAUUGGAGGAGUACACUGUGCUCACAAGAAGCUGCCUCAGGCAGCAGUGCUGUACCUUCUCACCUAUAAACUGUGCUGUGCAUUUGCUGUUUUCAUUUCACGUAUUCAGCGACGUUUUGUGUAA